AUGACUUUAGAAAAUUCAGACGAUGAUCUUGAUUCAAUUAUUGAUUCGGAUAAUGUUUUAAAUGAAUCGCAUAAUUUAAAUAAAUCCCUUGAUCCAUUAUCUGAAUUUGAAAACUUAAAUGGUAUUAAAUUACUAACGAAAAAUGACGAACUUGAUGAAAUUGAAGUAUUUGAUUCGACAGUUGAAAUCGUUGGUUACGUGGAUGGGAUCGAGGCUCCACGUUAUGUGGGUUCAAACCAGCAAUACAAAUUUUUUAAAUUUUACUUAAAUAACGGAUCGGGUAGACGAGUCCAAAUUGUUGUAUGGAAUGAGGAAAUCAAUCGUAUUGAACCUCAUAUACGCUCAAAUCACAUUAUACAUUUAGAUGGUGCUCAAGCACGUACACCAAAAAUUUCGCAUUUUAAUAAUGGCAACGUUCCGUACGAAUUAUUAAUUCAACCUAAUACUAUAUUAUGUACCUUGGGAAAAUAUAAUAUAUCUAAUGUUACGUCGAACUCACCACAACGAGUUAAAUUUUCAGAAUUAUUAAAUACUUCAACUUAUGUCAAAAGGAGAGAGUUGUGA